UUUCACCUAUAGUUGUAGAUUGCAGGUGAAUUGGUCUUUCUAUUUGGUUUAUCUUUCCCUACUUUCUCUCACUUCAAGGAACGACUUUAUUCUCAUUUCCUUAGGCUUCAAGUGAUUGAAUCAGAUCUCCAGCAGUGACACUUUUCUGUGUUUGCCAAGAAAUGGCAGGCUGGGGUGGUCUGUCUUGAGAUCUAUCGGUUAAAGAGCUGUUUUUUGGAGCAUUUUUAGAGGAUUCGGAAUUCUGGGUUUUUUAGAAUAGGUCCGAUAAAAUGAGGUCCACAGUAAUGGAAGAUUACCUCAGAAAGGAAAUUUCAGGCAAGCACUCGCCUUUGAUAUGAAGUUUGUGCUUAAAGGACCAGCGGCUAGUCUUCUUCUGGCAAGUCGGAAUCAAGCUGAAACUUUGAGCAAGGAGCAAAAAGAAUGAGCAAACAAGGCCAAGAACGACCAGUGAUCCAUAUUGAGUUGCAGGAAAAUCAGAUAUUUGGAGCAAAUUGUAUAGAAUCAGAAAGAUGCUCAUUUGGGUUUGCUCAGGAAUCUCAAACUGAAGGAGUUGUUGCAUGUUCCGAUUCCGGCAGUUGCACGGAAGUAAAUGGAAGCUUUAAUAACUUGAUGGCAGCUUCAGUUUGGAGUGAGAGCUUCUCAUGCGGGCAGAAUCCAGCUGAACUCGGCAAUGUUUCUUCUGUAGAUCUAUCAGCUAUUGCAACUGCAGUCUCAGCUGCAUCUACAAGUGCAGCACCGGUGGGAAUUAAUAACCAUUCUGGAUGUGGACCUUCUGGGCUCUUUCCUGUGCAUGUAAAUUUAUCAACUCAACGAAACAUACGGAUUGCUGGCAACUGCACGCCAAGAAAAAAUCAAAAUGUCAUUCCUCCACAGAAUCCAUAUGAUUACGACUUCAAUCUGCCUGCUGGACCAAGCGAAGCAUUCUCUCAAACGAGCAUCUCUGACUUUGCCCCUAUCACUCCAGAUAAGGCCAGAACAGCUGAAAUGAAAGAGGUUCCAGAAAUAGGAAAGUUAUACAUUGUGAACAUAACAGAAAAACAAGAUGAGCAAGCAAAUGAACUGGUUCCUGCUCGACUUGAUGUGAAUGUAGUUCAAUGCAGUAAGGAGCUCCAAAUGCCUGUUUUAAAGUCAUCCUUGACUGCUACACCGAGCAAGGAAAAUCAGAACUCUGAUAAUGGAGGCAGCCAUCUUGCUGAACUAGAAAUAACAACACCACAGCAGAAACAGAGGAAGAGAAAGCACAGGCCCAAGGUAAUUACUGAGGGCAAACCUAGAAGGCCCAGAAAGCCAGCGACUCCAAAGCCUGAUGGUUCUCAAGAAACCCCAACUGGUAAGAGGAAAUAUGUACGAAAGAGUACAGUGAAAAACGACACAUCAAUCCUCCUAGGAGUAGCGAAUGCAGAGAAAUCAACAGGUAAGAGGAAGUAUGUGCGAAGAAAGGGACUCAACAAAGACUCAACAAUUCCCACACAAGAAGGUGGAAAGGGGGCCACUCAUCCAGAAACACUCGAGCAUAAUAAGAAACCAUGCAGGAGGGCAUUAGAUUUUGACACAGUAGGACAAGAAAGAGAAGAAAGCUCUGCAUGCAAGCCAGCCUGCAAUUUAAAUUCUAGUCCAGGGACAGAAAACCUGGGGAAAGAAGGAAGUCAAUCGAAGUCUAUGGUUCAGCUUUGUGGCAUAAUUGAAGUGGACGCAGAAAAGACACAGACAGGGAUUGCCUUUGAACUAAAACAAUCUGUAAAGGAAAAGCCGAAAGAUGACUUAUCUCUGCCUGAAGAUCAAGCUCCAGGCACACCAGUUCCGACCAAGAAUAAUCCCUCCCAUAGAAGACAAAAUACUCAUCCCCAGAAGCUCAGUAAUAGGAGAGGAAAAGAUAAAGCCACUGGCCAUGAUGGACUAAAAAGAAAUGAACGCACCACAUUGGACUCCGAUGCUCAGUUACCAGCAAGAAGUCUGAUCGACUCCAAGUGCAGAACCAGCUCGCUACUGGAGGGAGGACAAGCAAACAAGUCAGCAGCAACUCAACAAGAAGAUACCAGAAUUGUAAAUUCUUAUGGGAGUCACUACAACAAUUUCUGUGCAUACCAGAUGAUUCUAGGGAUGCAAUUUCCUCAUAUUCACAGGAGAAAGAGAACUGGCAAAGGGCAAAAUUCUGCCACAUCCAGUGCAUCUUCAUCAAUCACAGCUGCAAGAAGUCUUGUUCCUGCAGAAGCAUGUCUGGUAGAUAAGAUGGAAGUAAAUCCCCAUCAACUCAUUUCUAGUGGAGUUUCAACAGAACAUGAAGCAGGGAGAAAAUUUUCUCUGAAUAAAAUGCAAACUUUUAAUUACAUCAUGGCUUCAAAUCAAACAGAGAGUUCAAAGAAAAAGAGAACCAGAGAAACCACAGGGAUUCAAGAUUUGGCUUCACUUAAUGGAAUUGCACAACGUAAAAGGCACCCAGAAUACCGCAGCAGUCAGCCACCUGUUGAUUAUGACAUGCGAGAAGUCGGGAACACAGACAGACCACAGACAAGCAUGGAAGCCCUUGUCACAGAGAUGCAGGCAAAACUGGCAAAAACAAAGCAAACAAAGAAGAGAAACUGCCUUGUAAGUUCAGCAUGCUCUAGUACAAAUGAAGCCCAAAUGCACAAGAAACUUUUACGUGCCUCUCCAGAAGAAAUAUGGAAACAAUUUUUUUCUGUUGAUGCACUUCUUGAACAGUUCAACCAGUUAGACAUAAAUAGGGAAGGUAGUGCUAUUGCAUGUCAAGAGCAGAAUGCACUCGUCCCUUAUAAUAUGAUAUACCAAGAGCACAAUGCACUUGUUGUUUACAGAGAUGGAACCAUUGUACCCUUUGUGCCUACCAGAAAGCGACGCCCACGACCCAAGGUCGACCUGGAUGAAGAAACAAAUAGGGUUUGGAAGCUCCUCUUAGAAAAUAUAAAUAGUGAAGGUAUUGAUGGAACUGAUGAAGAGAAGGCAAAAUGGUGGGAGGAAGAAAGGAGAGUAUUCAGUGGACGUGCAGACUCAUUUAUUGCACGAAUGCACCUUGUACAAGGGGAUAGGCGCUUCUCUCCAUGGAAAGGAUCAGUCCUGGACUCUGUGAUUGGAGUAUUUCUUACUCAGAAUGUCUCUGACCAUCUUUCUAGUUCUGCAUUCAUGUCUCUUGCCGCUCGUUUUCCUAUCAAAUCAAAAAGCAAGGACAAGUUGUAUCAUCAAGAGGGAACAAGCUUAGUUAAUGGAGAAGAGUUCUAUGUCUUGGAGCCAGAAGAAAGUAUAAAGUGGGAUGCAAAGACUGCUAUUCAACCAGUUGGUGACCAAAGUUCAAUGACUGUUGAUGGGUAUCAAGACUCUGAAGAAAAAGAGGUUGCCAACAGUGAAGAACUCUCUGGAAGUAGUACUGCCACUGUAAGCUCAAUAAAUGAACCGAAGUGCAACUUGUUGAACUCUUCGGGAAGUGGUUUGAGUAAAUAUUGUGACUCCACUGCAAACAGACUGAACAUGGAAACAAUCAGGGGAAAAACUGAAUGUUUCAAAGGAGACGAAGAGACUAAUGAUGUCCUCUCAUCUCAAAAUUCUGUGGUUUCAUCUGAAAAUUCUGGGGACUUUUCAUUGGUUCAAACUGCUGAAAGAACAGGAUCAUGUUCAGAGGGCAACUCAGAAGGGGCUGACCAUACUAAGAGGCCUAUUUUUAACAUCUUGAAUGGAUCUACUUCUUUUGUACAACUUUUACAGAUGGUUGGAUCUGCCAGGUUGCAUGAAGUUCAGAGUCAUCAGAAUAUGUCUCCUAAUGAGAACUCAAAUGUCAGAACAAGCCAAUUCCAGAAUCACACCAGAGAAAACUGUGACAACUCAGAUGGUCCUAAAAGCUUCACCAGGGAAGACCUUAUGCCAUCAGCUAAUUAUCAUCCAUAUCUUACUCUAAACUCAGAAGUAAGAGAAAUUGGACACUUUGAGACGUUAAAAGAAGAAACAAGAGUGUCUGAGGCUUCCAAGACGAUAGACGAAAGCAUGAUAAAAAGACUAAGUCCCUUAACACAAGAAUCUGCAUCUCGAACAAUGGAUCAAAAUGACAAAACCAGGUCUGUACAGGUGGCCCAACAAUCGACCUUUGAAAAUUUUCAAUCAAGCACCAACACUAUACCAGUUGAGAUGACAGUUUCCCACUGUCCAAAGGGGCUGCUUCAAGACACUAUAAAUCUUGUUGAAUCACCAGCUGAGGCACAAAACAAAGAAAUGUUGAGGCAUGUAAGUAUGUCAAAACAUUCGGAAGAAACCUUGGACAUUACAGAAAGCUCUACUGCAUUUGAUAAUCAAAGAACCCCGCAACAGAAAAUGCAAGAGUCAAACUUGUAUACACAUGACUCUUCAUCUAAUAAGGAGCUCAAUUCAAUGGUUGGGGAAUUAAAAUCAGAAGGCAGAAAGGUCAAGAAAGAGAAAAAAGACGAUUUUGACUGGGAUAGCUUAAGAAAACAGACAGAAGUAAAUGGAAGAAAAAGAGAAAAAACAGAGAGAACCAUGGACUCACUAGACUGGGAAGCAGUGAGAUGUGCAGAAGUUCAUGAGAUUGCUGAGACAAUUAAGGAACGUGGGAUGAAUAAUGUGCUUGCUCAACGAAUAAAGGAUUUCCUCAACAGACUGGUUAGAGAUCAUGGAAGCAUUGACCUGGAGUGGUUGAGAGAUGUUCCACCAGACAAAGCAAAAGAGUACCUGCUAAGUAUAAGAGGACUGGGGCUAAAAAGUGUUGAGUGUGUUCGGCUUCUGACACUUCACCAUCUCGCUUUCCCAGUUGACACAAAUGUUGGACGAAUAGCAGUAAGAUUGGGAUGGGUCCCCCUUCAGCCGCUGCCAGAGUCCCUUCAAUUGCAUCUCCUAGAGCUGUACCCCAUCCUGGAAUCCAUCCAAAAAUAUCUAUGGCCCCGACUGUGCAAGCUGGAUCAAAGAACAUUGUAUGAGCUACAUUAUCAGAUGAUCACAUUUGGAAAGGUUUUCUGUACAAAAGGCAAACCAAACUGCAAUGCAUGUCCAAUGAGAGGAGAAUGUAGACAUUUUGCCAGUGCAUUCGCAAGUGCCAGGCUUGCCCUGCCGGGGCCUGAGGAGAAAAGCAUUGUCAGUGCUACUGAAAAUGGAACAUCUGAUCGAAAUCCAGCUGUGAUCAUUGAUCAACUGGCUCUGCCCUUACCACAGUCAAAUGAACUAUUAGACAGGAACUAUCAGUCUGAAGCAAACCAACAGUUACAAGCCGCAUCCACUGUUAAUAAAUGUGACCCUAUUAUUGAAGAGCCAGCAAGUCCAGAACCUGAGUGCACACAAGUAGCAGAAAAUGACAUUGAGGACAUGUUCUCGGAAGACCCUGAUGAAAUUCCUACAAUCAAGCUUAACAUGGAAGAGUUCACUCAGACUUUGCAGAACUACAUGCAAAAUAACAUUGAACUUCAGGAAGGGGAUAUGUCAAAGGCUUUAGUUGCUUUAACAGCAGAAGCUGCAUCUAUUCCCACACCCCGACUUAAGAAUGUGAAUCGGCUAAGAACAGAACACCAAGUCUACGAACUUCCAGAUUCACACCCUCUUCUAAAUGAGUUGGAUAAACGAGAACCUGAUGACCCAUGCAAGUACCUUCUUGCCAUAUGGACACCAGGUGAAACGGCAAACUCCAUUCAACAGCCCGAAAGAAGGUGCAAUUCCCAAGAGCAUGGCAAAUUGUGUGAUGAUGAGACAUGUUUCUCUUGCAACAGUAUUCAGGAAGCAGAAUCUCAGAUUGUCCGGGGAACACUUUUAAUACCGUGCCGAACAGCAAUGAGAGGUAGCUUUCCCCUAAAUGGCACAUAUUUCCAAGUUAAUGAGGUAUUUGCCGACCAUGAUUCUAGUCUGAACCCGAUUGCCGUUCCAAGGGAAUGGCUAUGGAACCUGCCAAGGAGAAUGGUCUACUUUGGGACAUCCAUACCUUCAAUAUUUAAAGGAUUAACAACAGAGGGAAUUCAACACUGCUUCUGGAGAGGAUAUGUUUGUGUGCGGGGAUUUGACCAGAAAUCUCGAGCACCCCGUCCUCUAAUGGCUAGAUUACAUUUCCCAGCCAGCAGAUUGGCCAAAGCAAAAGGCAAGGGUGCUGGAGAAGACGAGUAAAUGAUAGCAGAGUCAUAAGAUCCAAACAAGUCAACAUUGACCAAAUAACCAUGUAUGAAGAAAUGGAAUUGCAUUUUACACCACUGACUUGGCUUGUAGGGAAAUGUGAAAUUCCUUGUAUAACCCAUAAUGGAAAAGCAUGUAGGGCUGUAUACUGUUUAACAAGGUUGUAAUUAUUUAGUUUCGUGCUCAAAUUUUGAGCAAUUUUUCAGAAAUCAGUUUCAACAAACAGUGUCAUAUGCUAAUUGUUAGAACUUUUUCCUACAAUGAACAAAGAUUAAAGCGUA